AUGAAAGCCCGGGUCGCAUGUUAAUUUCCGAAACGGAAACAAAACAAUAUUUUACUCAUAAACAGACACUGUUUUUAAAAGAGUUGUAGACUAAUCUAUAUUCUAGAUCUGAAAUCAUGUUUGUAAAAGAUUUAGAGACACUCAAAUAUUCAGAACUUCAAAAAUUAGCCAAAAAUGCUGGGAUUAAAGCUAACCAAAAGGUUGACAAACUUAUCAAAGCUUUAAAAAGCCAUUACCUUGAGUUAGAAAAUGAAGAUCCUGAUAGCACACCACGAGAUAAUGAGAAAGACUUGACUACAAGUAGAAACAAACAGCCCGCAUUAGACACUGUUACAGUCGAGUCAGAGGUCAAAGUGGUGGAAGGAGCUUCUGUAGAUCAGCUAAGUAAAGAUGAAGUGGUUCAAAAUAACAAAGCAACAAGAAAACGUAGAAGAACAUUUGAACUGGACACUCCAACUUUAAGUCCAAAUUGCACACCAGUAGCUGAAGAAAAGAGAACCACAAGGCAGAAAAUAUCUGAACCACAGUUGAAUGUGGCCAAACAAGAUGAGCCCUCCAGCAAGAGGAUACGGAGAAACACUUAUGAUAAAGAGAGUCCUGUUCAAUCAGCUAAAGAAAACAAAGAGACAGCAGUGAGAUGCACAAGAUCUUCUACCAGUCCUGGAACAAGAGAAAUAAUUAAUUCUUUGGAUGCCAACCUAUCUAGUGCUGAACGGAAAGCAACGCUUAUGUCAGCAAUUGACAAAAAAGUCCAAAAGAAAAAGGAUACUGCUUCACCCUCACAACCUAGUCAAAUUCCAAGAUUCGUGGCUUUCCUUGCAAAUAAGAAUAAAGUAGAAAAUAGUAAACCAGUGACUCCAGGUAACAAAAACUGGACAAAAAUACAUGAUAAGGAAUUUUCAAAAUUUGAUUCCCUUGAUGUUUACCUUGAAAAGAAGCAGCAACGAAUGGAAACACUCACAGGCAGUGGAAGAAAACCUUUAAGAUCCAAGACACUUGCAAAGAAAGGACCUAAAAUAGUGAAACCAGUAACCAGGCCUCUACCUGAUGCAUCUCAAGCAAAGCCUUUUGUGCCCACUGUAACAUCAACCAAAAACAUGAGCUUCAAUUUUGCUAAAACACCUUCUGCUGUAACUUUCAAAGGGGCUUUAAACAGCACUGUAAACCAAAGCACACACAAAACACCAAGGAUUCAAGGACCAGUAAUGUCAGCAAGGAAAUCUGUUUCAGCUUUGCCUACUGCAACCACACCUUUUCAAUUCACUGGCAAGAGCACCAUGAAUACAACAACCACCAUUUCUCAGAAGCCAACAUUUGACCUAAAAGCAAGUUUAGCCAAGCCUUUAUCAUGGAAACCCCACACAGGAAAACUGCAGUCCAUGGACACUAAUAAACCUGUGGCAAGAGUUAAACCAUCAGUGAGGCAAGCACCUAAGCUGGCCCAGACUACAAACCAAAAGCCUACAACCAAAAAAAAAUUUUAAAAUCUCUUUUAGGGAUGUUCAGAGAGCAAUUGAACAAGACAGGCGGAGCAAUCAAAAAUACAUUGCUAUGAUGAAAAGAAGGGGUCUAAUGGCAUGAGAUGAAUGGAAUUUGUUGUGUAAAUAACAUGUACAUUGAUUUACCUCUGAAUCACUGUGGAAUAUGUGAGAAACACAAUUUGUGUUAUAGAAUUUUUUAUGAUGGCAGCAAUGUUUUAAUUUUUAAAGUGUAGUUGAACAAUUUAUUUUAAAUUUAAUUAUUUUUUCCCAAUAAAUAAUCAUCCUCUUUGCUAGGGUGUCAAUCAUAUUAUUUCUCCCUGACAUUUAAUAUUUGUAAUUUGUUUUUUACUUUAAGUUUAAAAUAAAACAAUUGUCUGACUACUUACUUUGACAGUUAUAAAAAUAUUUUAAAUUCUUUUAUAAUUAUUUAUAAUAAUUUUGAUAUUCAAGUGCCUUAAAAAUGUGUUGGAUAAAUGCUUAGAUUUAAAAUAAUUGUAACAUUAAUCAUAAAAGUGGCAGUAAAACUUUUGCUUUUAAAAUUAUAUAUAAAGCACAUUUUUUAAAUAUUAAUGUAUACAAUGAGUGAUAAACAAAUGUAAUAAAUACUUCAUUUAUAGAAUAUGGUAAUAGGGUAUAGUAUUAGUCAUGAACAUCCACAUUUUUAUUACAAUUUAAAUAACUUUAUAUUGUUUUUAUAAAUAAUAUAGCCUACUGAGUUCAUCUAGUUUUUACAGUUAUAUGUACAUAUUUAAAUAUAUUGCAUGUACAAGUUAGCAAGAAAUUUCCCUUAUUAUUAUUAACCCUUGAGAAAAUGACAUUUUUAAAAUUCUAAUGUAAAUAUUGUGGAAUCUUAUCAGUAUCAGUUUCUCUAACCGCACUGCUCUCCCUUUUUUUUUGGCUCUUCUUUCUCUUUUCCUUUGCUGUUGUGUAUCAGAAGUCAAACAUUCAUGACAUUUAGUACUUCACUCCAUAAAUACAUUGAUAUUGGGCUCAUA